AUGCCGACUGCAACCACAACCUUUGUGCCUGGCAGUUACAGCGACGGCGAUUUCACUGCCUCCACUGUCACCUUUGAGUCCGCCGCCAUGCCCCAAGGCGCCACCUUUGAGACCGCGGCGGUCGAGCCGAACGAUGCCGUGUUUGAAAGCGCGGCUGUGGAGCCCAGCAGCUUCAAGGCCAGCAGCAGCGGCGGCGGCGACGCGAGCGGCGUCAGCGAAGCCGGCGCCCGCCCCAGCACCGUGAAGGCGGCCAGCGGUGCGGCGUCAUCCUUUGACGAGGCUGAGGCGGGAGAGUACGAGGAUGACAUGGCCACUGGGACCGCGGCGGUAGCGCCGGGUGGGGCCGCAGCCGGUCCGAGCAGGUCCCUGAAGUUCUCAAUUCCCAAAUUUGCGUCAAGCGACGCCGCGCAGGCGCUGUGGCGGCGGUCGCGCGCCGCCGCCUCCGCGGCCGCAGCUGCCGCAACGGCGGCAGUGCGCCCGAGGGCCCCGCCGCCGCCGCCGCCGCAGCCGCAGCGGCUGCUGCCGCUGGUGCCGCUGGACGAUGAGGUGUCUGCCGAGCUGGAGCGUGCGGGCGUCACGAAAUGGGCGAUCGACCAGAUGCGAGCCAGGGGCGGGGUGGAGCCGGCGCUGUACCGCGCAAUGGCGACGGGCCAGGGCCAGCAGCAGCAGGCGGCUCCGACCAGCUGGGCGCGCGCACAGGCGCCGCGAACGUUUGGCGGCCCCUCGGCGCCGUCGAUGGGCAUAUCGGCGCCCGCCUUUGAGGGCGCCGCGGCCGCGGAGGCGGGCUGCGCGGCCGGCAGCAGCUGCCGGCGCAGCCGCGGCAGCUUUGGCGGCGUGGGGGAGGCCGUGCGCUCCCAAGCAGCGGACGACUGGCGCCUGGGCGCGGAGCAGCCGCACUCGCCGUUUGGGGACGAGGAGCUGGCAGGAGAGGGGGCGACAGUGGCUGACCUGCUGCAGCCGCCGCCGCCGCCGCCGCGGCAGCAGCAGGGCUACGAGCUGCAGCAGCAGCGGCAGCAGCAGCAGCAGCAGGGGUAUGAGCAGCCACAGGGGUACGAGCAGCAGCCUGAUUAUGGCGAGGCGCUGCAGCACCCUGUGCACUCCACCUGGGCUGCACCCCAACCCGUCCAGGAGGCGUUCGAUGAGCCAGGCGAGCCCAGCUCGCGGCGCCGCGCGCGCCGGCGCCGCGUGCUGCUCGCCGGCGCCGUCCCCACCGCCGCCAGCACUGGCGCCAGCGGCGGCAACAUGCUCGAGAUCGGCGCGUGCGGCGCAUACGACGGCAACCGCGCCCAGGGCGCGGGCUCGUACGGCCCGGUGGUCGCGGGCGUGCCCGCGGGCGUGCGGCUGCAGUACCCAUCGAUGGAGGCGGCGCCCGGCGAGCCCAUGCGCGUGCGCGCGCUGAUCAUCGACGCGUUCGGCCACGUGGUGGCGUCUGGGCCGUCGUCAUUCAUGCGCGCGGCGAGCGGGAGCGGGAGCGGCGGCGCCGCGGCAAACGCCACACGCGCCGCCGCCAACACUACCGGCAAGGCAGCGCCGGCUGUCAAGGCGGCGCCGGCCGGCAAGGCUGCCGCUGGCGCCAACGCGUCUGCAGCGGCCCCGCGCCCUGCUGCAGGCGUGCGGCUGGCCGGCACCACCACCGCCAUCGUGCUGGGCGGCGUCGCCACCUUCCGGGGGCUGGAGGUGGUCGGCCCGGUCAACGGCACCGUGACCGUCUGGCUGUCCGCCGUCGGCGCGCAGGGCCGCGCGUCCGCCGCGCCGCUGGCCGUGCGGCUGCGCGCGUGCGAGGCGGGCGCGGUGCUGACGCGGGCGGACGGCUGCCGCACCUGCGGGCCCGGGUCCUUCUCGUUUGACCCGAAGGCCUCGGAGUGCGGCACCUGCCCGCCCGGCGCGUGGUGCAACGGCACCGUCGUCGCGCCGCUGCCCGGCGCAUGGCAUAGCAGCCCGCGCAGCACGCAGGUGCACGCGUGCCUCAACCCGGCCGCGUGCGCGCGGACGGCCGCGCAGCAGCAGGCGAUCAUUGACGAGCAGAGGGAGGGGUUCUCCACUGUCCUGAGCGUGGCCGCGGACCCGGGCGCGGUCCGCGAGUACGAGCAGAUGCUCUGCGCCCCGGGCUACGCCGGGCGGCUGUGCGGGCAGUGCGGGGAGAUAGGCGGCGAGAGGCUCGGGAAGGUGGGCGCCGCGCGCUGCGAGCGCUGCGCUGGCCACGGCGCCACGAUCGGCCUGUGGGUGCUGGCGCGCCUGUUUGACCUUGUGAUGCUCGGCGCCCUCAUCUGGCUGUCCCUGCGCGCCGCACGGGCGGCGCUGCAGCGCUUCAACGCUGCGCUGUCGCUGACGCCGCUCGGCACCAGCCGCUGGGUGCCGCUCGACUGCGCGCUCGCGGAUCGCGCGUGGCUGCCGCGCUCGAUGGCGGCGCUGCUCGCUGUGGCGCUGCCGGCCCUGGUCUAUGUGGGGUUGGCGUUCGCCGCGUGGGCCGCCAGCAUGCGCGUUGAGGUGCCGCGGGUCGGCGCCAAGCCGUUGAUCGUGCUUAUGGCGACGGCCGGGCUGUACUACCCCCUGCUGACGUGGUCGGCGCUCUCCACGCUGCAGUGCGUGCCGCUCGACGGCCCCGCGCCGCCGGGGCAGGCUGCGCUCGCGCGUGGCGCGUACUGGGCGCUCGACACCGGCGUGCGCUGCUGGCACGGGCCGCACCUGGGCCUCGCACUCGGCUUUGGCCUGCCGGUGCUCGUCGCUGUCGGCGCCGGCUGGCUGGCGCUGCUGGCCGCGCUGCUUCGCCACUGCCGCGACCGCCUGCGGCGCCGCGCGGACACGGCCGCGCCGGCGCAGCCGCGGCGGCGGCGGCGGCGGGGGCUGGUUCACUGCCAGCAGGCGCUAGGUGUCGGCGCGGGGUACCUGCGACCGCGGCGCUACCAGUGGGCGGUCGUCGCGGAGGGCCGGCGCUUCGCGCUGCUCGCGCUGCUCGCGGCCAUGGCGCCCGCCACCGCGCUCGCGCAGGCGUACGCGCUGUGGGGCGUCCUCGCGGCGUUCCUCGUGGCGGAGUGGGUCGCGCGCCCCUACUCGACGUGGGCGCUGCUCGCGCUGCAGUUUGUGGUGCUCGGCGCCGUGCAGGGGACCGUCUACCUUGGAAGCGCGUUCGCGCAGCAGGGCGGCGCCUUCGCGCUCGCCGGCGCCGCGGACGCGGUCACCGCGCUGGUGAUCAUCCUGAACGUGGGCGCGAUUGUUGCGUUCCUGCUGUCGCUGCUGCCCGGCCUGCGACGCGGCGCGCUGCUGCAGCUGCUCGACGGCGACGGGGACGGCAAGGUGACCGCGCGCGACCUCGCGGCCUUUGCCGCCGACCUGCUGCGAGGCAAGGGCGGCGGCAGCGGCGGCGGCGGCGGCGGCGAUGCGGGCGGCGCAGCGGGGGGCCUGCGGGCGUCGGUCGUGCGGGCGCUGGAGAAGGCUGCGGCGCGGCCUGCGGGCACGGUGGUUGCAAGGCCGGACCUGGACCAAGGAGAGGGGGACCAGGACGCCGCGCGCCCUGGCUCCAGGGUCGCGGGCAGCUGUACGCGGCCAAUGGCAUGCCGCUCCAAUCCUUCAUGUCUGUGA